UAGAGGAUACAAUCGCCAACAAUGACAAUGGAGGGCCUAAAGAUAGCGAACGUGAGGGGCAUGCACCGGCAGGAUACGACAUAAGGGCGGUCGACCUUAGCUUCGAUAUGAGGCCGGGUAGCUGUGACGACGUCUCGCGCACAAUUGUGGUCAGCCCCGCUUCAGCAAGCUUUAACGCAAGGCCAUCGGGGACGACGGGUGGGCUUCCACCAAACGACAAUGGGUGCCACAGUGGGUUGCCCUACGAUCGUGGAUCGAAUUCGGCACGGGUAGGGGCUGUUGGCAGUGUCGGUGUGGCUGCGUCCAGGACGAGGACGACCGGGUCACAGCGGUGCAGAUCGACGAGGCCUGCUAAUGCAACAGACGGGCAAAGAGACGAGGAGGAGUGGUCGGCCAUAGAGGUUGUCAGACGAGAGGUGUGGGAAGAUCAGCGGCGACAUUUGAGGCAGUCGACGACGUCCGGCAUAACAAGAGGUGUGGCGAGGAUGAACGUCGGUGUAGAGGAUACAAUCGCUGACAACGACAAUGGAGGGCCUAAAGAUAGCGGACGUGAAGAUGGUGAGAACGACCAUGACGAAGAAGACGAGGACGGCGAAAUAGACAUUUGUCCAGUCGGGAGGAAACGGGGAGUGCGGUUUGGCCCGAAGAAGUGUAGUGAAGCGCGCGCGGGGAGGAACUUCAAGGGGAAGAAGGCUCAAAAGACACGUCGGCAGGAGUCGGUGCCUAGCGAGGGGGGUGGAGAGGGGCAGGACGACAAGGUGGGAUCGACGCGGGAUUCAACGUUUACCUGCGUGAGUGGUGGAGGGGCCAGAAAAAGGAAAAAUUUUAGACAGCAGACCUUUGAGGCGAUCGCAGACAUCAUGGACAAGCACGGGCAAUUGAUGGCGGCAACAGUGGACUCUGCGAGAAAACGGCAGUGCUCAGUUCUGACGAGGCAAUGUGAUAUUCUCGAGCGGGAGGUGGACGUCCAGAGACAGCACCACGAAAAGGCCGAUCAGGCGAACCUCAUGAUGUGCAACGCUUUGCUGGAGAUUGUGAAAACGAUCGGGAACGAUCCUGAAGUCAUCUUCGCGGGCGGGCGAUUCGGUUUCGGGUGGGACAGUGUGCCGAGGGCGCUGGUCGCAGCAUUAAAACAAGCUGGCGGAAGUGCUGCCACCGUCGCCCAAGUGAGGACACCGAAGGGAGGCGGGUUAGUGAUCAACAAGGGGCGGUCGCCGAGGCCACUCCUGCCAGCGGGGGGUGCGGCUUCGAGCGCCGCUCGUGGUACGAUCAUCCCGGUCGCUGGGGCAGGGCGGGUGGAGAAGCAGGUCGUGUCGCCAUCGCCAACCCGUGAAGAGUUGACAACGCAACAGGCGAGCAGUUCGGGGACGGGCAACAGGCGGGCAACUGUCAGGCAGUUUGGGGACGGGCAACAGGCGGGCGAUUCGGGGACGGGCAACAGGCGGGCGGUUCGGGGAUGGGCAACAGGCAGGCAUGAGAGCAACAAUGACGACGACAACCGCCCUUCAAAAAGGUUGAAGAAGCACGGCCCGGAGGACGAUCUCGAGCGUAGGUCGAUAUUGUGGGUGGGUAGUGACGCGUUAUGGGGUCAAGGUCACGACAAACCGUUGAGGGAGCCGGUUACGGACUGCGCGGAUUACUUCGUCGCCCUCGCCAAUGGGGACUCGGGAGCUGAGCCGCCGUCCAUGCUCAUCAUGCCGCCUGCUGAUAUCCACCACACGAAGAUCGAUGACCCUACGUAGCGCGAUCCGGCUUUGGGGAGAGC